UUGUCCAGGCCGUUCUGCUGGGUCCAGGCCGUUCUGCUGGGUCCAGGCGGACUGAGGCCUGCAGAUGUCGCUGAAGCAGCUGGGCGGUUUGCCUUCAGCCUCUGACACUCCAGCGACAGAGUGAGUGCAGGAAACAAGCACAACAGCGAAAAUGCUCACUAAAAAUUAACCUCUUAUUAAUCAGUGAGAGAGAAUCGCAUCUGUAGAGACGUUUGAAAUGUUAGAAAUGCAUCAGUGAUGUCGAAGGUAACGUUACGCAGCGGAGCCGAGCGUUUAAACCUCUGAGGGUGGAUAGCUAGCAGGCUAGUCGUGCUAAUGCUACACUGUGCACUAUGGGGGUACACGGCCUGGCAAGUUAUGUGGAAGGAAAUCGGCAGUUCUUCACUGACCUGAAGCUAAAAAACACUCACCUUGUUAUCGACGGCUGCAGUCUGUACUUCCGAUUAUACUUCAGCUCUGGUUUGGACCAGGUGAGAGGUGGAGACUAUGACUUCUUUGCUGCUCUUGUGCGGCGUUUUUUUGCUGCGCUUUCAGAAUGCAAUGUUCGCCCGUUCGUAGUUUUAGAUGGUGGGAUGGACCAGACAGACAAGAAGUUCAGAACUCUACGUGAAAGAGCCGAGAGCAAGAUCCGCGAUGCUCAUUCUCUCUCUCGAGGGUCGCAUGCCUGCAUCCUGCCCCUGCUGUCACGUGAAGUCUUCAGACAGGUCCUCUGUGAUCUGGGCAUUCCCUUGGUGCAGUGUAUUUCUGAAGCUGAUUUCGAGAUCGCCUCUCUGGCUCAUCAGUGGGGAUGUCCAGUGCUGACCAAUGACAGCGACUUCUAUAUCUUCGAUUUGCAUGGUGGCUACUUGCCUUUUGCAUUGUUUGAGUGGGAAAACAUCUGCGGAAAGGGCCCGGAACGUUACAUCCCUGCCCGUCAAUUCACUGUUAACCGCUUUUGCUCACACUUCAACCACAUGAACAAGCAGCUGCUGCCUCUGUUUGCUGUCAUCACUGGAAACGACUACACACUUGCAAAGACUACGGAAAUGUUCUUUAGCCGGGUGGAGUUACAGAGCGUGCCAAAAGGGAGGGGAAGACAUUCUAACCCUCGGAUUGAGGGUCUGCUGCUCUGGCUGUCUCAGUUUGCUAGACCUGGAGAUGCUCUAGAAGAAGUUCUGGAGAUCCUGGGUGGGCAACGGAAAGGCAACCUGCGAACACAGCUUUCAGCGAGGAUACAAGACUAUCAGCUCCCUCCUAACAGCAGCCUGGCCCAGUUCUUCUCAAGUAGUCAACCAGCACUGCUGGAUAUCCAGGUGCUCCCAGCAGCACUGGUGUCCCAGCCAGAGUGGCUUUUGAGGGGGGUCGCCUCAGGCAGUCUGCCCCCUUUGGUACUAGAUGUGCUAGUUCUCCAGAGAGCUCUUCUGAUAGCUCAGGUGGAGAACAGUCGUCUGCCUAGUAGCCAUGAAGCUUCACUGCGCAUUCGCAAGGCCAUUUAUGGCUUACUCUUAGUUGAAAGGGCAGUGCAGGCUAAUGCUGGACAGGGGCAGAGGGGUAGAGGAAGAGGUGGCAAGGGGACAGUAGGUCAGAGCGGAGGAUCACCAGGUUCCAGUUCCUUUUGUUUUGUCGAGGAAUAUGACAGGCUUGACCUUAAUCUGAAGAAAACUCCAGUAGAGGCUCAGCUACCCUGCACUCAGCCAAAACUGAAAUGGGAUACUUUAGACAAGGUAGCAGUACCAGUCAGACUCAAGGUGCUGUUAUCAACUCUCGGGGUGAUGGAGUAUGUGCUGCAGUCCUUACCACCACACCUGUGUCUGCCUGUGUGUGUGACGUAUUUCUGGAUGAACUCUUCCAAACCAAAGCCAAGCCCCUCACUGCUUAAAGGCCUGCUGCUAGGGCUGGUGUAUGGGGAGCUCUGUCGACGCAGGGCUAUGGCUGGAGAUCCACUGUGCUCCAGUGCUGGUACUGCCUUUGUCUGUGAGCAAUUGAGCCAACUGAGAUUGAACUCUGGUCAAAAGAGGAGUCUAGACCUGGGUGUGGCUCACUCUCUCUGCCAGUGGCAAUCUUGUAUGUUGUCAGGAAUUUAUUUGAACCAGCUUUUGUGCUUCCCACUUUCUGAGCCUCACAGUGCCUGGCUGUUCAGUGGCACUCUGUUGCAUGGUUUGGAAGCUGCACUUAGAGGAGGUCUCUCAGCUGAAACUUUGCUGGCGGCUGCUCCUGCUGCUGUCCAGCUCUACUCCAUCCUAUUUGGUGCAGUAAUGGGCAUUUCUGGCCAGGGCCAUGCUUCUCCUCGCUCGGCACCUUUACCAACAGCAGGCAGUAGCAAGGGAAAGGGACGUGGUAAAAGGGGACAGGGAGGUGGUGGUAGGGGUAACAGAGGCAGAGGGGGAAUGUCUCGUGCCACUGGUUUGGAUAACAGGUUUGGUAUGCUAACCGUUGAGGAUGACUUGGAUGAAGACUAAAGAAGUGAGAGGAAAAAAAUUGUUGCAAGCGAGGUUCAUCAGAAGAGGUGCAUUUUCAAACAAUUCUCUGACUUCACUGACCAGUUAACAUUCCCUUCAUGCCCCUGAGAUAUGAAAUGACCUUGUUAAAUGCUCAGAAGGUACUCAUAUAUAAUCCAGCAUAUAGUCAAGAUUACACCUACAACCUCUACAGACGUUGCUUGACGUAUCAAUGUCAAAGUACCAUUAUGCUUUUUAAGGAAGACUUUAAACAAAAAACAAGAGCUUUGAAAAAGAUUAGUGUCAGUGAGUGACAGUGUAUCAUCAUGGUUAGAAUAAAACAAGGCAGCUGUCAUUUACACUGUCAAUUUCAUGAUAAACAGACCAACAGAAAUGGUCCAAAGUGUCAAAUGAUGUAGAAUAAAAUUUUAUUAACUCACAGUAAAGUUACUUUGUCCCCCAACAGCAGUGAUAUUAGCUGUAAUAAAAGAUCUAUAAAGUUCUUAAUACUCAAACCAUCCCUUGAAAUGCAAGACUUUUAUCAUAUUUUUAUCAUUGGCAUGGCUGAAAAAAGUUUUCCUAUAUUUAUAUUAAUGUGAGUGCUCUCCUCCACCUACAGGGGUGUUCUGUUUUAAUGAUUUAAAGCUGUACUCAGCAAAAAUAUAGCAGCAUGGACAGGUCUGUUCUUGAAUCAGAUUAUGAGAGAAUGAUUUGAAAGUGAACAUCUUUCUCUAAGUCUCCCUUUUAAUCAUCUGAAAGUGGGACUUUCAGGACGAAGCCAAUGAGAGAAGCAGAAACAAAUGAGGAAAGAACCGUUUAAAGAGGGACCUGACGGGACCAAAAUGAUUUCCAGUUUUAGUUAAGUCUGCGACUUGUCAUAUCAAGGAAAUGUCUGUCUUUGGUCCAUGUGCCUAUUAUUUUAAACUUAAUUGGGUUAGGGGGUUUUGCGGUGGUUAGAGCUGUCGCCUCACAGCGAGGAGGGCCUGGGUUCGAUUCCCCGGCCGGGUGACCAGGGUCCUCUCUGCAUGUUCUCCCCGUGUCUGCGUGGGUUUCCUCUGGGUUCUCCAGUUUCCUCCCACAGUCC